AAACCUAUAAAACCAAAGCGAGCACACGAACUCUUCCCAACGCAGAGUGAAGGCACAGUAAUGGAUUCCUCUUCGGCUUCUUCUCUGCAUCUGGCCAUGGCAGCCCUCGUUGGAGCCUCUGUCAUGUUCAUAUCCGCUUUCUACAUUCACAAACGCAGCGUCAAUCAGAUCCUCGACCGCAUCAUCCUCCUCCGCACGGGACCCUCCCGCUCCCCACGCGCUUUCCACGCGGACGAUGACGAUGAAGAUGACGAGGACGUCGAAUCCAGACCGUCCGAACGGAGCCUCUUGGGAGGUUCGACUGUUGCAACUGACACCGAUGACGAUGGCGGCGGCGGCGAUGAAGAAGCUCGGUCGGGUUCUUACAGGAUUUCGUCUUCUUUGCCCAAUGCCCUGUUGCAGCGGCGCUCGAUGGAUGCGGAGGAGAAGCUUGGCGGAGCGCCGAAUCGGAGUUCUCAAGCUUAUUCUUUCGGCAGGCCUGACUCAUUCCCACCUGGGCUGCCGCUGCUUCGGACUACUCAAAGGGAGAGAAGCAAUCAAUCUCUGAACCAUUCUGCUUCUGGUAUAAGGUUGACCUCCUUCGGCAGACCAUCAACUCCCAAAUCUCCAGGUGUUAGCGGAUUUGAAAGUGUAGAGGUUUCUGAUGAUGAAGACAUUGAACUUGCAAAUGAAGAUGAUGCAAAUUUCAGCUACGAUAAUGAUUAUGGGAACUCUGUUCUAGUUGACACGGAUGUAGAUACAAAUGUUCAAGAUUCGUCAAUUGUUUUGUUUGGAGCGGCAGAUUGUAUUUCUAGUCAAGGUCAGAAAUAUGGAGCACCAAGCAGAUCACAUGGAACUGAAAAUCUUCAUGGUAACGUAGCAGUGGAUCCAGCUUCAGUUCAUAUUUCGAGGAAAAAUCCCAAGGACAUUCUUAUUCCUCUGGAAACUACGCCCCAUGAGGCACCAAGCAGAGAAGAGGAAGAAGUAUGUGCAAUGAUUCGAGAAUGUUUAGCACUGCGGGAAAAGUAUGUCUUUAGAGAAAAUGUUGCCCCAUGGAUGAAGGAAACGACAACAGAAUCGAGUAUUCCUGCAGUAAACCGUGAUCCGUUCUGUUUUGACCCUGUCGAACCAACUGUGCAUUAUUUUCAGAUGGAGGAUGGGGUUGUACAUGUUUAUGCCAGCAAAGACUCAACUGAAGAUCUUUUCCCAACUGCAAGCUCAACAACAUUCUUCACUGAUAUGCAUCACAUAUUGAGAAUUAUAGCUCUAGGAAAUGUCCGUUCUACAUGCCAUCAUCGACUGCGACUUCUUGAGGAGAAGUUCCGUCUCCAUUUGUUAGUUAAUGCAGAUGGGGAAUUUUUAGCUCAGAAGAGUGCACCUCAUCGUGAUUUCUACAAUGUUAGAAAGGUUGAUACACAUGUGCAUCACUCAGCAUGUAUGAAUCAGAAGCAUCUUCUCUCUUUCAUAAAGUCAAAACUAAAGGAAGAGCCCGAUGAGAUUGUGAUAUUCCGGGAUGGAAUAUAUCUUACUCUGAAGGAUGUUUUUGAGAGUUUGGACUUGACAGGAUCUGACCUCAAUGUUGAUUUAUUGGAUGUGCAUGCGGAUAAGAAUACAUUCCAUCGGUUUGACAAAUUCAAUCUUAAGUAUAAUCCUUGUGGACAGAGCAGGCUGAGAGAAAUUUUUUUAAAGCACGACAAUCUUAUCCAAGGCCGUUUUUUGGGGGAGCUGACAAAGCAAGUUUUAUCUGAUCUUGAAGCAAGCAAAUACCAGAUGGCUGAGUAUAGAGUAUCCAUCUAUGGAAGGAAACAAAGUGAAUGGGACCAGUUGGCAAGUUGGUUUGUUAACAAUAGAAUUUAUAGCGAAAAUGCAGUUUGGUUAAUUCAGCUACCACGGUUAUACAAUGUGUACAGGGGAAUGGGAAUUGUUACAUCCUUCCAAAGCAUGUUGGAUAAUGUGUUUAUUCCACUUUUUGAAGCUACAAUUGAUCCAAGUUCGCAUCCUCAGUUACAUGUGUUCCUAAAUCAGGUGGUAGGCUUUGACAUGGUAGAUGAUGAAAGUAAACCUGAGAGGCGUCCAACAAAGCACAUGCCCAAGCCGGCUGAAUGGACUAAUGAAUUCAAUCCUGCAUACUCAUAUUACGCAUAUUACUGCUAUGCAAACUUGUAUACACUCAAUAAGCUUCGUGAAUCCAAAGGAAUGCCCACAAUCAAAUUCCGGCCACAUUGUGGGGAGGCUGGUGACAUUGACCAUUUGGCUGCCGCUUUCCUUGUAUCCCAUAAUAUAGCUCAUGGGAAUAAUCUUAGGAAAUCGCCCGUUUUACAGUACCUAUAUUACCUUGCACAGAUUGGAUUGGCAAUGUCUCCAUUGAGCAACAACUCCUUGUUUCUGGAUUAUCAUCGCAACCCAUUCCCUAUGUUCUUUCAACGUGGCCUUGAUGUUUCUCUCUCAACAGACGAUCCUCUGCAAAUCCAUUUGACCAAAGAACCACUCGUGGAGGAAUAUAGUGUUGCCGCACAGGUAUGGAAGCUCACUGCUUGUGAUCUCUGUGAGAUAGCAAGAAAUUCAGCUCAUCAAUCUGGAUUUUCCCAUGCAGCAAAGUUACAUUGGAUUGGUAACAAAUAUUUCAAGAGGGGGCCAGAAGGGAAUGAUGUUCACAAGACAAACAUACCCCAAUUGCGAAUCACCUUCCGACAUGAGGCAUGGAAGGAGGAGAUGCGAUACACAUAUUCUGGAAAAUCUCUGUUCCCUGAAGAAAUAGAUCCUUGAACAAACCGUCACAAGGAAAUUGAGGUUGGCAUGCCUCUCUUCGAUGCUUACGAUCAGAUUCUACAUGAGCUGGGUUAGCCCACCCCACCAAGAUAUCUAUUACUACCUGGUGGUCUCCAUGCAAUCACAGAGGGUAAUAUAACAAGAAAGCAUUAGAAGCACACACACCGACAGUAGAGAUGAAUAUAUAGCAUUUUCUUUACUAACAGGAAAAAGGCCAAUUUUGCAACGACAGUUUGGUAUUGUCAAGAGACGCAAAAGAACCUGGAUCUGCCAUUUUUCUAUUUUCAUUCUUACUUAAUCUGCAUGCAGGAUGGAGAAUGAUUGAUAUCAUGAUGAGAUGCGGGAUUUAAAUCCAUCCGUUGUGUUGUUAAAGCUGAAACGGUGUUAUUAUACGAAGCGACUUCCCAGCAGUUCUGUUAUUGGGUUCCAUGGGAUUAAUGUUAACCAUCCCUCUUGUAAAAUGUAGUAUACUAAACGGAAACCAUCUCUGCCUUUCUCAGGCUUGCUUGUUAGGCACAACAACGAUGGUGUAUUUGAUGAAUGAAUCAACAUGUUCUAAUAAAUCUGCA